UGUCAACGUGUUACGUUGUUAAUGGUCACAGCCAUGGAAUUUAUAGUUACAGUGUGUAGAUUUAUAAAAAAAAUAAGUAUAGUUAGCUCAAAUGAAUAUACAGCCUUUCUGACUUAAAGCCCAAACCUACUUCAAAUGUUUAAUGAAACAUGGAAAUAAUGGUUGCAGUUUAAAGAAAUGGGUAUGGAUAUGGAUUUUUGUACUGUAAAGUUUGUAAAGAACCAAUUAAUUUAAAUAAAUUACUAUACUACCGAAUAGUAAUAGAUAGAAUAAAGUUAAAGUCUCGGCUGUGUUGUCAAUGUUUUGCACUGUUCAGAUCAGAAUCAAACUGAUGAGAGUGACUGUGAGACUUUUCUGUUGUUGAAUGAGUGGUGAAUACUAACUUAGACUUAGUAAUCAUAGUAUCGUUAGUGUCUAGUGUCAUGCCUAUAUAAUUUAAAAUAUAAUAUAUUGUGUUGGUUUGGCUACUAAUACCAAAUGUAUCAUAAUAACUUGUAAGGUAUAAUAUAAUAAAACUAUAGUAAGUUUAGUGUUAUAAAUUUCAAGCAAUAUUUAAUAUGUGCUUGUUUACUUAACUGUGUGAACCAGAAAUAACAAUCUACAAAGAUAUAAAUGAACUAAAAAAGACAAAUGUUUAACUUUAGUUUUAGGCACACUCAUACUGGACCUAGUCUUAAUUAGUGAGUUUACACCACGCCAUCCUGUUCCUAUAUUAAUUAAUAAAAAACAUAUAGUUAUAAAAUAUUUUAGAUACUGGCAAAAGGGCCAGGCUAACGAGUUCACAGUCUAAAUAAUUGUUUUUACGAUUUCUCUGUGUUGGUCUGUCAAAGUGAAACAAAACACUGCUUAAAACUCACUACUGACAUAUAUUCAAAUUCAUGUUAAUUCAUGCCAAUUGUCUUUAGAGAUGGGAAGCCCUGGUAAAGAUAUCAUGAACCGACCUAGUAGAACCAGAAAGGUAACUGGUUGGCAGAAAACCUUCUUUUUGCAGAGGAAAUCAUCCAGUUUGUAAUCCCUGGUAUAGAAUUAGAGGGACACCUUCAGGAUGUCAGAAAGUGAAAUGCAAAAGAGUAAAGUAGUAAAUUCCCAAAAUACUUUACUAUAUACUGCCAUGCACCUUCACAUCAUUUUUAAGGCCUAUAGCCAUAGCACAAGCAUUUUUAUUUUAAAGUUUUAAAGUUAUCUUUGGACAUUAAUACAAAAGUUUUGUUUAUACUUUUAUCAACAAAUUUUCUGCAAAAUUAUUAUAUGCAGAACCAAUUUUGUAUACAAAACAAUACUUGUUGUGUAUAAUGGGCUUUGUUAACAUUCAAGGUUGAGAUGAUUUAAAUCAAACCAAUAAUUACAUUUUAAAAAUUGGUUUUAAUUAUAUUUAUUUAUCUAAAUCUAGUUAUAUGUAAAGACCCUUGCUAAAAAAAGAACUUCUGUUUUGUUUUUAUAUAUUGUUAGUCACUUAUUUCUUAUCCUAUAAUCAUGAAUGCACAAUUUAAAAAAAAAUAAAUAUCAUUUUUAUUUCAAUUAAACUUUUCAGUUUUGAGAAAUUAUAAAUUGACUUGGGGUUGACAGAGCUGGAAUUAGUUUAUCUAUUCAAACUAUUUGAUCAGAAGGUUUUAGUGGAAUCAAUUGACAAAUGACUGUAUAUAACAUUGAACCAAGACAACAUUUUACAAUAAUAUUAAACAGAAUAGAAUGAGAAAUUUUAGUUAAGAAAAAGUAUGAAAAUCCUUUUAAAGUUUUUAAAUUAAGAUUAUUAUACUAAUUUUUUAAAUAUUAAUUUACUUAAUUUAAUUCAAUGUGUUACAAUUUAAUACAAUUUAAAUCCAAAAAAUUGAUUUUAAUAAUAUUAAACUACAUUGUGUUUAAUCUUUUUAAAAAUAAGUUUACUCCAAAAUGUAAGCAAAUCAGAAAAAAGGAGGAGAAAAUAUAUUGAAAUAAAAAAAAAUGGAUAUACAGACCAAUAACCACAUUACAUUUAAUCUUUAUUAACACUAGUUACUUCAAAAUCUAAAGCAAUCCUUUAAAAAAAUUAGAAAAAAAUUUGAUGAAAAUAAAAAAAAAAGAUUUGAUUCAAAUUUAACAAAAUACAAUUUAAAUUUAAAAAACUAGAUUUAAUACUAUUAGCAAUAUUUAUUAUUAUGUUACAUCUUUAUAAUUAUUAAUCAGCUUCAAAAUCUUAAUAACCACUUUAAAAGAAAUGAGGAAAAUAUAAUAAUUUAAAAUUAAAAAAUCCUCUGUGUAUCAAAUGUAUCCGAAUUAUUAUUUUUGUAAAUCCUUAUUUUUUAUCAACAUUGAUAACAUGAAUAUUUUAUACUUUUUUACUUUAGAAUAUUUAACUUAUAAUUACAUUGAUUUUAUCAACUCUAUUAAUAUAAAUAUUUUAUACUUUUUUUACUUUAGAAUAUUUAACAAAACAUUGCUUGUGACCGUGACCAGGCAGGAAAUGCUCAAGUUAAUCAGCCGACAAAACAGAGUCAAACAUCUAGUAAUUCUUCUUGGCGUUGCGAUACUUGUUUGGAACUUAAUCAUGUAUCGCAAACUGUCACGCAAUAAAAUAACUUUGGUAAGUAGGAAAUUGUCCCAGUUUGAUGCCAUGGCUCUUUUAUUUUAACAACAGUUUCUUCCAGUGUUAUUUACAACACCUUUUGUCUUAAUUGCUAAGUUGUUCCCCCUUAACUUGGAAUUUUAUAAAAAUUUUGUCUAAAAACUGUAUGUUGUACCAUGUUGAAUUUUUGUAUCUUUUUACCUCAUCAAAUUUUGGUCACUUGGUAUAUUCUCAGAGCACAACCCAAGAGAAAGAAUUGUUAUUUAGGCUGGAUGACCUGGAGCAGAAGUUACUCAGGCAGAUAGAAGAAAAUGGGGAACUACUAGAGAAGUUACAACGUGCAAGUAUGUGCAAAAAUAAGCCGUCUUGUGAUCUUUUUUUCUCAAAACUGUGUCAGUUAAGCCCAAAGCUGCAGUGUUGGUUAAGUUUGCCAUGUUGUGGCUUUAGGUGGAAGUUUGCCUACUGUCAUUUAAAAAGAAAAUAAUUGUAGAUGCCAGGCAUGUAGAGUAGGAUUUUAUGAAUUAAAAAAAAUAUAUAUUAAUGAGACAUCCAAGUUUUUUUUUUUAUUAGCGCCCUAUCACGCCCCUGAGUAUUACAUAAAAAUUUCCUCAGUAUCUAUUGCCAGUUGUGCCCAAAAACAAAUAAUAGUUCUACAUUAUUCUUCAAAUUUUGUAACUGUCACUCUCUGAGCACAAAAGUCUGAGGUCUUGUCUGAGUAAAUAAUGUUGAAUGUGUCUUGUAUAGAUGUAAAUGAGUCUUGUGUAGAUGCCAAUGUGUCUGGGUAUUGAUGCAAAUGUACAUUCAUUCUGUUAUGAUAAAUGUCUAUCAUCAUGUCUUGUGUUUGUUUUUAAUGUAAAAAUAGUUUUUAAUGUUUCACACUAAGCAUACAGUUGCAUAUUUGAGGGAAUAAGGUGUGCAUGAUUGGUACAAAUGCAAAUGUGUCGGGUGUGGAUUUAAAUGUGUCAGGUAUGGAUGCAUUUGCAUCUAGUAUGGAUGCACAUGUACAAUCAUUCUGAUAUAAUAAAUGUCCAUGAUCUUUAUCUUGUGUUAGUUUUUUUCCUAUUCAUCUUCUAAUGCUUCACACUGAGCAUACAGUUGCAUAUUUGAGGGAAUAAGGUAUGCAUGAUUGGUACAGGUACAAAUGUGUCUGGUGUGGAUUUAAACGGUGUCAGGUGUGGAUUCAAUUGUGUCUGGUAUGGAUGGGGGAUUUCGAUAACAAAGUACUAUCCAGCGACAAUCUCAUCCAGACUCAUCUGUACAAAAGCUAUUAUGUUGUUUUUGUCUGAGAGCACAAAAGCCCAACAAAUUGGCUUUGUAUUGAUCUACUGUUUUACGUGUGUUUUUCUUUAGUCCUGCAGCAAUGCUGAUUUCUUAAAAACAUUAACAAAAUAUUUUAGUCAUGAUCUAAUGUGUUGAUUUUUAACGUCCAGGCUUAUUGAGUCGACAAGUUGGCGCCAGCUUGCGGGCAAUAUCCCAGUCAAUAUAAUAUAACACCCUGAACUUAAAUCAAAUGCACUGGUUUUGCAGAAAACAUUAACAGUGAGGCAACGUUGAAUCUGGAACAAAGAAUACGGAUUUUAAUCUGUUCAAAUCCAUUUUACAUUUUAUUGAUUAACUUGGCCUUAGUCAGUUACCACUGUAAAAUAUCUUUUGAUUAGACAUAUUAACCCUUAGGGGAUGGAGCCUUUUCGGGCUGUCUGUGCUGAAAAGACUUAGCACUUUUUACGAACUCGGCACUCACAUUGCAAAAAAAUGUAUACAAAAAUAAACUUUUUAUUUUACAUAUAUAAAACUAUAUGUAUAUUCUUGUAGAAAAUUGAAUAAGCAAAUACAAUAUUAAUAAAUUAAACUUAAAUUUCAACAUUUAUGUAAAUGAGCUAUCCUGAUUUGCAUGAUUUAAGCGUACAAUUUUUUGUUAAACUGAGAAUAAACAUGAUUUUACCGGUGUAAAUUGUGGGAAUUUUUUGAUGGAUGAAGCACAUCCUAACACAUGUGUUUUGGGAAUAAGGCCCAUGGAGGCCCUUCAGACACCCCUGGCAUAGAGCUCUACUCCUUUUCCUGCCCCCCGGGGUACUUUUCGGAGGCUACAGACAGAGCAGUCCUUUUCACCAUUGUGCACCCAACUACGGUUUAUUUGAGCUGGGUGUUACUGAGAAAGUUGUCUGCAUACUUAUUAGUUAUUAUUAGUCUCUUUAACAAACAUUUGAAUGAUAUUUUGUGUAAAAAUUAGCAUAAAGUACUCAACUGGGGUGCCUAUCCCAUGAGGCAUAUUUAUAGCCUCUAUUUUUUCUAAAAAUUCAUAGGGGUCAUCUCUAUCCAAUUCAGAACCCCGAAUCCUAAACCAAGGAUUCACAACAUUAUCGUAAACAUAAUCAUUUUGUUUGUCUUCAUUACUUUCCUGGUUUUUUUCAUCAGUGUCAGUGUCAGAUUCACUGCUAGACAGCGAGAAAUCAGAAUCACUAAGCACAAGUUGAUCAGAGUCGCUGUCAGACAUGUUUGAAUUUCACGAUAUAACUACACACACAAAAAAAAAUUCCUGCACACAAUUUAAUUUAGUUCACCAUCAACGAACGCCACCAUUACAAUGCCGGGAUGUGCAGGAAUACGUAAGAAUAAUUUUGAUUCGCUGGUACAACGCCAAGCCAGCCAAUCGGGAGGCUCAAUUUAUGGGGCCGAUGGUUCGGACUUUUGUCUUUCUCGCCUGUCAACCUUGGGCCGAUAGAUCGGCCGGUACGUCUCCAGAGGGUUAAAAUAAUUUUGUUUUUGAAGUUUACUUUACAUUCUAUUUUUAAAAAAAAAAAUAUUUCUUUACUUGAUUGUGAGAGGCAUAUUUUUCUGGUAGCUGCAGCCAAUCGGCUGCUCUGAUACUUCUUGCUUUGAGAUGUUUUUAGUGUCAACCGCAAAGGACAGAAAGUAAUGUUAAUUAUCUAGCCCGGUGAUUGAGUUUGGGAAGUCACUGUGGUAUCCUUUAUAUCAUCUUCCAUUCAUUUUUUGUUCUCAUCUCUUUCAUCUUAAACAGACCCAUUUCCUUAUCUUCCGAGGGGAAGCAGAGAAAAUUACCUCCCAGUUCUAGUUAUGGCCUGCAACAGGGUGUCAGUCAACAGAGCAUUGGAUAAGUUAAUACAGUAGGUCAUAGUGAUGUUUGCUUAGUCCAUUGUAUAACAGUAGAUCUUAGUAAGGUUUGCCUAGUCAAUUGCACUACAGUAGGUCAUAGUAAUGUUUGUUUAGUCCAUUUUACUUCAGUAGGUCAUAGUAAAUUUUUGUUUAGUCCAAUAAUUAAUUAGGCUAAAUUUUAGUGUCAUAUUUCAGAAGAUUAACAAGGUGAAUUAAGAUUUCAUGCUUCAGAUAGAUUAACCAAGUUAACAUGAGAUGUUUUGUUUCAGAUACAGGUCCCCACCUGCCAGAUUUCCCAUUGUGGUGAGCCAAGAUUGUGGACACCAGCAGACAGCCGAUGUCAUAAACACCUAUGUUGUACCACAUAACAUUACACAUAUCAAAGUAAGUACUUGGGAUCAACAUUACCCAUCUAAAGGAAGUUCAUUCUAUGGACAUUGCACAUAUCAAAAUAAGGUGGGGGGGGGGGUCAACAUUUCACUUAUCAAAGUAAUUCUAUGGGAUCAAUGUUACAUGUAUCAGAAUAAGUUCAUGGGAUCAGUGUUACAUGUCAAAGUAAGAUCAGGGUCAAAGCCAAUUAAUAUGAAUUUCCUUGAUCAUAUCUUGUGUUAAUUUUUUUCCUCUUCAUCUUUCAAUUUUUCACACUAAGCCUACAAUUGCAUUUUUGAGGAAACAAGGUGCACAUGACAUUACUCACAAAUAUUCUUGGUUUUCUGACAUCUUUCCCCCUCUAUCAUUAGGUACUUUUACAACCUUGGUAUCUAUUUUUACAACACAUAUAAAACUUUCAAGCAAUUGUACCAAUGUUUGUAUUAACUAUCCCUAUUUUAAAAAAUGCAUUCAAUAAAUUUAAAAAAUAAUGAAAAUUUAAAUUAUUUUUCUUUUAUUAAAAACAAAAUUAAAGAAAGCAAGGCAAGUGUUUCAUGAUAGAAAUAGGAUUAUUGUUAGCAGAUGAUGUAAGUGGAUAUAAAUAAUUUUAACAUAUUUAAAUGUUUAAAAAUAACUACCAAAUUGGGUGCAAGUAAAUAAAUAUUGAUUAUCAAGUAUGACAAUUUCUGUUUUUACAGAAAACUCAUAUAUAUUUUAUAAAGGGAACCCAUUAAGUCUAAGAUUUUUUCUCUGUUGUAUAAAUCUAAUAAAGAUUUGCACAGUAUUUAUUUACUUUAAGUAACCAUUGCAGUUUUAACAGAAUGCUGAGUUAUUAGCAUUCAUAUUGCUGCAGCAAAAACAUGUGCAUUAUGAACAAAGUUUGCCACCACCUGAUUGAUUCUGAUGAAAUAAAAAGACUAAAGCUAUCAGGUCUUUUUAUUUUAUCUGCAUUUUGUUUUGAUCAGAUUAAAACAAAUUUGACUAUUAGCCUAACACUAGAAAAUUCAUUAAGUUGAAAGAAUAAUGCUCUCGGCAACUGGUUGUUCUCUUCUAAUAACCACAUUGUUGUCCACAUUAUUUGUAUUUAUUCCAAAGCUGAUACUCGGUAUCUUCUCAUUUUUAUCACAUCAAGAUUAACUUCAAUAAUUAAAGAACAAUUUAUACUGUUUAAUUAGAUGUUGAAUGUGCAAGAGCCAAUAAUUCAUUGACAAUUUGUGUUGUUCCAUGCCGGUGCUGUGUGACAUUUAUGAAAUGGGCCUGUCCUAUGCUUUCCUGCUUCACUUGUUAUUCAAUGUGGCUCCUCCAAGGACCACAUUUGCAUGCCUGUCCUUUUAAUCUGGUCCACAGGAAAUUAAACUGUACCUGCUAAACAGCAGUUUAUUCAGUUUUUUAUUUUAGAAACUUAUACUGUAUAGGCCUGUACAUUGGCCUAAAUUUAAACAAUUUAUGAAACCCAAAAUCCAGUCAGUAAACUCCUUUUAUCCAGUUACAGUUCACACGGUACUUGCAGAUGAUAAGUCCCAAUGAGUGUUGCAAAUUUUGUUCAUCAACUGGAAUGUCCAGUUUGGAAACCAAUGAUGAUGGUGAUUGAUUACUUAUAUAGCAGUUGUGUCCAUGUUAUUUUUAGGAUGCUCAAAGCGCUUUGAUGUCAUAAACUCUAAAAUCAAGUUGGCAUAGUUGCCAAAAAAUUGCAGCUGCAAUUGUUGUUUACGUUCACAAAGUAUAUCCAGCCUUGUUGAAGUAAAUUAAACUUGAAAGAUGAUAAAGGUGAAGGUACUCCUUAUCUUGUCAUGCUCUGGACAGGUUUCAGUAGGUAGCUCUGGUUUUAAGGCACGAAUAGAAUCGCCGUGAUGAUUUGGUUGCCAAUAUCCUAGUUACCACUCUGAUACUGUGAAAUGAUUAUAAAAUAUAAGCAUUGCAUUUAGGCUUAGAUCUUAUGCUUAAAAAAAAAAAAACUGAACACAAAUAAAUGCAUUAUUCUAUAAAAAGUAGUAAAUUUUCAAAAUUAAAAGCUUUUUUUUAAUCAAGAAUUAAUGUUAGACCUAUAUGUCAUUGCCUCUGCUUAGCAUAUUCAAUGUAAAUGAAUGAAAUUUCAAACAACUGUGCCUAUGAGAAAAAAUAAAAAUAAAAAGUACACUUGAUUAACUACAACAAGAAAUUAAGUUUAAAUACUCAUUUAAAAUUUUGAUGAGAUCCACAGUUACAGCAUAUCAAUCUGAAUAUAGUUCUUUCUACCAUUGCCACAAAAUUUGAGUGCACUUUGACCCUUCAUAACGAAUAAAAACAUCUUACCUUCAAAAUCAAACUUUCGAUCCGUUGAAAAUGCACAAAAUUAUUAGCAGUCUUGUCUUUUUCUUGGUUUUAUUUGGUUAGUAUCACUUCUUGACUUGAAAUAUAAUCAACAAAAUCAUUGGAAGAUAAAUGUUGAGCCUUUGUUGCAUCAUUUUGUGCUACCAGCCUUCAGUUAAAUUUGACAAGAACAAAACCAAAAAAAACAACUCAAUUUUAAAAAAUAAAAAAUCUAAAUUUGCGCUUAAAAUGGAUAUUUUAACAAAUUUAUCCAUGGAAUUAUGAUUUAUGUUAAAAAUAACAUUGGUAUCUGAAAAGGUGAGAAAAACAAGAUGUAACCCAACCGUCACUCGUUAUCAAAAAGUCAAUCUAACAUACUUUGAGAGUUAACCCUCACUUGACACGAUGUAAACUUUUGAUAAUUUAACAGAUAUCAUUUCUUCCCCAGUAUCAAUAUGUCAGCACCCCAAGGAUAUUGACAUGCCCAUUUUGUCUUUCACUUAAUAAUUUUUUUGUCUACGUUCAAUUAUUUAUAAUUUUUUCAAAAUCAAUAUUCAUAUGUCUACGAGAGAGAACAGCAACCUAAAAGCUAUUAUAGAUUAAUAUGUUUGACCUAACCCUCCCCUCCCCAGCAACCAGAUCUCAGUGACAUCCAAGUCCCACCAGCACAUGUCAAACUUGUCAACUACUACAAGGUGUCCAGGCACUACAAGUGGGCCCUUGAGCAGAUGUUUAUGGUUUUUAAUUUCUCAGCCGUUAUCAUUGUUGAAGGUGCGUGGCAUUCAUUUUCAGUUAUUGAACCCUUUUGGAAACUUUUUUUCUCCUUCUUCAACAUAUAAACUUUAGUGAUGUGUGAUGAUGUGUAGAUGAAGUCAAGUUAAUAUAGCUAAUUUAUGUUUUAUUGAUAAUUCUUGCAAGUGAAGAAAAUGUAAUCGAAAUGUUUUUAUAUUUGUGCCAUGAAAAUAUUGGGUGCUAAAUCCUGCAUACAGAGUCAAUUGUUUUUGUUUUAUUGGGACUCUCCAAUAUUCAAUUGAAAAAUAAAAUGCCAGUUAUAUUGGCUAGUGUAUAAAUAAAUAAAUACAUAUAUAUAGAAAGAAUAUGUCAAUGACAUUUUACUUUAUUAUUGUAUUGAGAGUCUGAGAUUAAUCUAUUGCUUACACUGCCACCAUCUAAGAUUAAUCUAUUGCUUACACUGCCACCAUCUGAGAUUAAUCUAUUGCUUACACUGCCACCAUCUGAGAUUAAUCUAUUGCUUACACUGCCACCAUCUGAGAUUAAUCUAUUGCUCAGAUUUCCAUCAUCUUAGAUUAAUCUAUUGCUCAGCUGAGUCUGCCAACAUCUUCGAUUAAUCUAUUGCACAGACUGCAUAAUUUUUACCAUCUAAUUUCAUUUCUCUUGAGUAAUUCUAAUGGGACCAGAUGUGUGUGAUUGGCAUGAGAUCUAAAGGCACAUAUUGUGUGUGAUUGGUUUUGGUUAAGUCAGGUGGCAUCAUGUGCUGAUUCAUAGUUGAGUUAAAACAGCAUUCAAGUUUCUUCCUUCCACUGGUGAGGUCAAUGAGAACUAUGUCAAUAUUGUAUGUAUUGCUGUCAACAAAAUCAAUACUGUAUGCAAUACAGUAGUAUCUCGACUUUCGACCGUCCGAAUUUACGACCAAAAUCACUAACCAUAUUAGAUUUCAGAUUUAUUUCUGCCUCAAUUAUCAGUCGAAAGGCGUUGUCUGCAAUCAUCAGUGAUCGUUAACUAAGGAAAGGGAGGCAUGAUGCUAUGCUGCUAGCCGGCGGCAUCAAUUUGUAAGAAGUAACAUGAUCACACUCGAUAACCCUAGGUCCAUUGAGUUCAGACAAAGCUCACCAUGUUUAUUAAAAAACCAACUCUGGUACCCCAACUGCUGCCUUAGAUGAUGACAUUAAUGAUCUGCAGCCAAGCACCAGUAGCGAAUAAAAUGUUUCGUACACGUUUGUAUAUUUUGAUGUUAAUGACUAUUCGAUGUGUUUUGCGAUUUGGGAAAUGUUUUCUAUAGUAUUUUCGACACCUGUAUUAUGUAUGUUUUGCAAAAUAUUAAACCAGCUGUAUAUGUAAAGUUAAUGCUGUGUUUUUUCUUGAGGAUGUAAAAAUAAGAAACAAAUGGUGUAGAGAUGAUACAAAUGGCAUAAUAUGAACAUCGAAAAUUAUGAUUUAUAACAAUUAAUAAAAGAAAUUUAUGAUAUAAUUUAACGUAAAUAUUUUUUUAACAUCACUUCAUAUUGCUGUACACAUAGUGUACUCCACUUAUGACCAAAUUGUGUUACGACCGGUCUGUCUGAACCGAUCGUGGUCGUAAGUCGAGCACUAGCUCUACAGUCAACAAUAUCAAUAUUUUAUGUAAUGCAGUCAACAAUAUCAAUGUUGUUUACAAUACUGUCAACAAUGUCAAUAUUGUAUGCAGUGCUGUCAACAAGAGCUGUAUGUAUUAUUUCUCAGCAAAGAAAGACAAGGUACUAUUGAUUUAAUUGUGAGCCAGUUAAAACUUUUCCACUUCAUUUCCUCCGAUUGAUUUAUUCAUUCUUUUAUUGAUUUUGCUUGUUUCAUUAGUUGGCUGAAUUGAUUUUAUCACAUUGUUUUGUCUUAAGUUUUCAUUCUGUGGAAGAAUUUUUUUUUUUUUCAUGAAUGAAAGAUAAAGGGAGGGUUAGAAAAAAAACACCACCUCAAACUAUUUUAAUUAACAGUUCCAAUUAAUUACUUCUUAAGAAAAUCAUAGUUACAUAAUCUUACAUCAUUUUAUGAAAGCAUGGACCUUGAUUAAACAAAAAGUAAUAAUGAAACAAGGUACAUUAUCAGUUGUUCAGUUGAAUUAUAAUCUGUUCUGUUCCUUUCUCACUAUAAUUUAAGGAGGUCAAUAUAAAACUUUGAAAUAUGUCUUAAAGGCUAUAUUAUUCUGCACUUACUUUAACCUUCCUUCUGUGCUUACAGAUGACCUCGAGGUGGCCCCUGACUUUUAUGAAUAUUUUUCUGCUGUGUAUCCCCUGUUAAAAAAUGACUCUUCUCUUUGGUGCAUAUCUGCGUGGAAUGACAAUGGCAUGGGCGGGAAGAUCUCGGGAGAUUCAGGUAAUGUGGUAUGUAUGUCAGUAGGGCGGGAAGAUCUCUGGAGAUUCAGGUAAUGUCAUAUGUAUGUCUGUAAAAUGAUGCCGGCAUGGGCGGGAAGAUCUUGGGAGAUUCAGGUAAUGUCAUAGAUGUGUUUGUGAAGUAACCAGAAUGCUGGUUAAGUUGCUUGUUUUGUGUAUAUUGAUCUGUACCCAGCAGAAAACACGUACACACCCACAUAUCAUUUAUAUAAAAACAUGUAAAAAAGAAAACUUGUUAGUGGUUUUGUUACACCAACGUUCUACGUCAUGGAUUGACGGUUUUUGACCAAACUGGGAACACAUAUCAAUCAUUGUCCAGAAUGAAAUACUCGGGGUAGGGGCGGGGUGGGGAUGGGGGGCUUUGAACUUAACAAAAUAUUCCGUUUGGGAACAGAGACCCACAAUGUCUUUAUUUUCUAAUAUGAGGUAAAUAAAUAUAAUCUAUUUUACUGACAUUUUACUGAUAUUCUACUGAUAUUUACUGAUAUUUGAUUGAUGACUGAAUAUACAGUUCAGACUCUCAUAGGGGUGUAAAUUAAUUGAAUAAAUAAUGAAUGAUCGUCAGGUGAUUCAGAUGGCAAGGGCUUUCAGUGCCAGUUGGCAGGAUACUGUCAUUGACCAGUGUCACUGUUGGACUAUUGAUUUGAUAAGGAUUUUUUUUAAAAAGAAAGGUCAGAUCCCUUGACCUUGGCUUACUGGUUGCAUAUAUUCCUCCCAGCUCUCCUGCACAGAACCGACUUUUUCCCAGGGCUCGGCUGGUUGCUGGAUAAAGAACUCUGGAUGGAGCUAAGAUCAAAAUGGCCGGCAACGUGAGUUAUCUUUUUUCUAAAUAAAAACAACGCAUAAAUCAUCAUUGAAGAACCUGUGAAGUUAUGGACAUGUCCUGAAAUUCCUGUUUGCUGCACAUGAAUUUGUCUGGUAAAAAAAAAGAGCAUGCAUCUGUGCGGUUGUGACCUGGCGCCGCUUAAACACAAGACUUAAAAAGUGUUUUUCAAGCGCAAGAAAUCAGCCAUCUCACACCACGGUCUUGAGAGGCAAUCUAGUCAUUUCAUAACCUAUCAUUCCUCAUCCAAUCAUUCCUUAUUCAAUCAUUCCAUUUUCAAUCAUUGCUUAGGUUCUGGGAUGAUUGGAUGAGGCACGCAGACCAGAGAAAAGGCAGGCAGUGCAUUCGUCCAGAAAUAUGCAGGACCAAGACUUUUGGUGAGAAGGGUGUUAGCAAGUAAGUGGUGCACAAAACUUUCAGGCGCAAUGCAGUAGUUAGAAAAAAAAAAAGCGACCUUAUCCCUAGUGUAUUGCAUGGUGAGAAAAAAAAAGCGACCUUAUCCCUAGUGUAUUGCAUGGUGAGAAAAAAAAAGCGACCUUAUCCCUAGCGUAUUGCAUGGUGCCCUGUUAGUGCAUGGCCCAAUCUGUUGGUUACACUUGUAAACCGCAUGAGGGAUUAGUCAGGCAUGUGCAUGAACAUUGUUACUGUAAAACUGCUCUUUAUUGUCAACCGAUCAGACUUGUUAACUUACUUUAAGUCAUAAUAAAACACUAGGGGGGUUGUUUUAAAAAAAAAAAAAAAAAAAAACAUUUUUAUAAAAAAACUUAAAAUAAUCUGUUGGUUACACUUGUAAACCGCAUGAGGGAUUAGUCAGGCAUGUGCAUGAACAUUGUUACUGUAAAACUGCUUUUUAUUGUCAACCGAUCAGACUUGUUAACUUACUUUAAGUCAUAAUAAAACACUAGGGGGGUUGUUUUAAAAAAAAAAAAAAAAAAAACAUUUUUAUCAAUAAUCUUAAAACUUUUGGUAAUGUGUUUUAAUAGACGUUAUGGAAGAUUUUUUUUUCUUUUUCUAAAGAAAACACAGAUGGCAUGGCACAGGUCUAAAAAUUGCAUUUUUGGGCCAUCUGUAAAUGAUGUCACAUAUCUAGGUGGGACGGGAUAAAAAAAUCUCCUAAAAAGCGUGACAUGAUUGAUGUCCGUUCCCUCCCCCCCCCCCCCCCCCCCCCCCCUUUUAAUUUUAUUUCCUUCUUUUUUGCCAUGUUGAUUUUUAAAGAGUUUAUAUAUGUUUUAUUUAAACUUUGUUUUUCAAAAAAGAUCCUUUAAAAAAAUAAAUAAACUUAAACUUGGUUUACCCCUCACAAAUAUUCUAUGUGCAUGCCUGCAGCAUGAAUAGUAGUCUAUUGGUAAGUAUCUUUGCAUAAAGCAUUUACAUUGGUUCAACAGGUGAAACCUGGUAAAGGAAAUGUUUUACUAAAUAUGGAGUGGGUCCUUAACUCUUAACACCAUUAAAAUACUGUGUUUUGGGAUUUUUCUCCCCUAUAUUACCAGUCCAAAAUGUCACAUCAAGAUAACAGUUUGGGGAGCACUGGAGUGGAACUCUUCUUUUAUUUCUUACAUUAUUUUUUUGUUAAAAUUAUGUUUUUGUUGUUGCUGGGUUUGUUAUGAAAUCAAAAUAAAUAACGGAGCCAUCUUGAUGAAGGAGCACUGUGAUGAAAUACCCCUGAGCAGUCCAACUGUCCACUUGAUGGUAAUAAAAAGCCACCAGUGCCCCCAUGAUUCUAAGAGCAUUAAUGUUUCGUAUGCUUUGAAUACUGUUUCAAAUCGACAUUCACCCAACAUUGGGUGGACAAUGUAUGAGAGGGUGGAUCACAUUGUUAUUACCUUCAUUUUGAUCUUCUUCAAUAGAUAGUGGAACAGGAAAGGUUUAGGCUUGAUAAAGAAAAGAGAGGUGGACAAUUGUUUUUAUUAUUUACUUCACGCAGCAGCUUUAACGAAGCCCUGAAUAUGUUUUCCAUCCAUUUCUUCCCUUGAUGGUUGAAUGGCAAGGACAUUCCCCAAGGACAUUCCCCAAUGAUAAGGACUUCCCCAACAUCAGCAAUGGCGUAGGUCCUUGUGCUCCUCCAUUCUUUGUCCCCCUGCUCACAUAUUCUCCCCUACAAAGCCAUAUGUUUCUGUCAACCAGCCCCAACAAAGCCACAUAUGUCUAGAAAAAAGCCCCCUAUAAAGCCAUAUGUAUCUAGGAACAAGCCCUCCACAAAGCCAUAUGUGUUUAGAAACUAGCCCCCUACAAAGCCAUAUGUGUCUAGAAAAAAAAUCCCUUUGAAAGGAAUAAUACAAGCUAGACUUGAAUGUUUCUCUGUAAUGCCAUGUAAUGACUAUAUUAUUUCUACAGUGGGGCUUUCUAUGCAAAAUAUCUCCAGCACAUAAUUCUUAACAGUGAGUUUGUGCCAUUUUCAAAGCUGGAUCUGUCAUACCUGGAGAAGGUAGGAAACACAGUUCUAGAUGGUUACGAAACACUGUUCUAGAUCAGAUCUAGAUCUUUUGAAAACACAGUUCUAGAUUGUUAGGAAACACAGUCAGUUCUAGGUUUACAAUGAUCAAAUUAAUGACCAAUUUAUGAUCAAUUAUUAUAAAUUUAUAGAAAGUAAGACAAUUUAGCCUCAACACACUGUGUCACAUUCUGGAUGCCUGCAUUAAGGGAGGUAGGGAGGGCGUACAAAACAUUUGUAAUGUGUAAGAAGCUCAUCCACAAAAUAUAAUGUGUAAGUAGUGCAUCCACAAAAUAUAAUGUGUAAGCUCAUCCACAAAUGUAAUUUGUACGUAGUGCAUCCACAAAGUAUAAUGUGUAAGCUCAUCCACAAAAUAUGUGUAAGUAGUGCAUCCAUGAAACAUAAUGUGUAAGCUCAUCCACAAAAUGUAAUGUGUAAGUAGUUCAUCCACAAAAUAUAAUGUGUAAGAAGGGCAUCCACAAAAUAUAAUGUGUAAGCUCAUCCACAAAAUGUAAUGUGUAAGUUGUUCGUCCACCAAAGCAGCUGCAGUCUUGAGGAAUGAACAGAGAUAAAAUGCACUUAUUUUAUUAGCCUAUAGGACCUUUUUUUCCCCCCAUUUUCAAAUUUCAAAUGUUUACCCAUAGAAUCUAUAAGUACCAGAAGGUAAGGAAAGAAUCAUUUCACAACCAAUUCAGAUUUCUUGGACCCACACUGAUUUUGUCAUGUUUCACCAUUCAAUGAAACAGUUAAUCCCCUACAAAGCCUACUGAGUAUUGAUCACCAUCAAAUUUUAAUCUUCUGUUGAUCACCACUGAGUUUAAUGGACGGAUUGACUGCUCAGUGCGAGUCAUGGGUCAAGAGCAAACAAACUUCCUGUAGGUUUAAAUAUCAGAUGUGACACCAGCCGUUGUGUUGUAAUUAUCUGAUGACUUCCCUUGUUUGAUCAUGGAGUCCACCUUCCUGUGGACCCACAUUAGCCAAUGUGUGGGGGUUAUUUUAGGACCCAUUGAAUUUUUUUUUCAGUGUCAGACGUCUGAUGAUAUGAUAGAGUUAAAUAGAAUAUUUUGAUAUUUUAACUUAUUUUCAAGCUAAUUUCAAUUUUUAUUUUACUUUACCUUACUACUACUACUAUUAUUAUUAAUAGAAGUUCUUGUUCUCCCUACAUCAGGGAUGAGAUCAUUUGCCCUUUGAAUAUGAUUACUUUAAAUGAAGGCAUCAGUUGACCUUAGUUCUUUGUUUUAUAUUAAAUCAAAUAACACCAUUUCCUUUGUUUACUAUGUAUUUCUUAAAAAGUAACAUCCUCUCAUACUACAAAUAUUUUAUUGAUCUAUAUUUGAUUUCUUGUUAAAUUUUGUAUUAUUAUUAUUAGUCAUUGAACAAAGGCUCCACUUUGCACAGAUUGAUAUAAUCAAAAGGGAGGUAACACUUUUGAAGCAGAUAAAGGACACAGUUGGACCUUAAUCUUCAGUGUCAGAAUUAUUUCACUUUGUUUGAGAUAGGUGGUGUAAAAAUGGUGUGGCACGUUUCUCUGUGGGGCAAGGUUAAUGGCAUCACACUAACACAGAGCUAACAAAUUGGUUCUUGGAACAAACAAAAACACAUUUUAUUGUCUUGUAUUUAUUGAUUAUGUGGCCAAUAACAACAUUUGUGGUCUUGCGUCUUCAACAGUUCAAUCUAUGUAGUCUUUGGUGUUAUCUUGUUUAAAGCAUGGCAUGAUGAACUAAGUCAGAUAUUUGUAGGUGUCUAUUACUAGCUGUAGAGUGUUUUGUUGGGCAAGAAUAUAUGAUUUAGAGCAGUUAAUAUUACCAAUAUAAACAUAAUGGAGAAAUUUGAGGUGUUGAAGUUUUUUUAAAAUUGCUCAGUCAAAUGCUAUAAAUCAUUUGGUUGUCAUAAUAAUACAACAAAGGUGUGAGAUUUUAUGUAAAGCAUUUCAAGCUAUUUAAAUCUCAAAAUUUACAUAUUAUAGCAGUUCCUCUGAAGCGACAGAUAUGCAAUACUCUGUGUAAAAUUUUAAAUAUAACAUUAGAUCUUAUGCUGAAGGGCCUAAGUUGAUGGAUAUACAAGGAUAAAUGUAUGCCAAGCUUCUAGUUGAUUUAUAUUUUUUCCCUUGGAUUAGGUUUUGUUCAUUCACUAUUGAGACUUCUCGGCCUUGUGAAGAAAAAUCAGAGCUAGAAUAAGCAGUGUAACUGUACAUUCAGCAUAAACUAAAUAUUUUAUACAUGGGGAAUUAAAAAAGAAUAAUAACUGUAACUUUGCCGCCGGCAUAAACACAACGUUUUAUUUGAGGGAAAGUUAUUUUUUUUAAAAUAAUAAUAAAAGUUAGUUUUGCUUUACUGGCGUUUUUUAAAUAAUGAAACAGCAGUAUUCUAUUUUUUUUUAAAGAGAAUGAAAUAAAGAAAAUACAAAUUCGUCUUGAAUUUAUGCUUCUGAAAUCAAUCUUUGUUACUUGCACUCAUUCCCUGUUUACAAAUCAAAAGUGCUAAAUGUUGACACUGUCUCCAGGACAAAUAUAACGCCACAUUCACCAGCAAGGUUUACAGCGCCCCACUUUUCUCAAGCGCUGAUGUCCUAAGUGGUGCCAGACCCAACGACACAGUUGUAAGACUGGAAUACACAGACAAAAACAGUUACGUCAAUGUUGCAAGACAGUUUGGGAUCAUGGAGGAUUUUAAGGUAUAUAGUCUCGUCUCAAAAUCACAUGUUCUUUUUAAGUUGAAAAGGGAAUAAUUUUUUUUUUAAAAUUGCAAAUCAAGAUUUUAGUUCGAGGGGAAUAUCAAUAAUCAAAAUGAUACCAAAGCUAGACAUAGAGCUAGGGUACGUACAAUUUUGAUGAUGAAUUUUGUGAAUACUCUUCAUUUUAAGCAUUUUGAUAUGCUUUUCAAAAAUGACAAAAUCUCAUGAUAAAUCAAUUCAGAGACCCUUACAAGUUUACAUUUUCUGAGAGCACAUUGGGCAUCUUAUGGUUUAAAAGGAAAUUGUUUUUAUAUUAUGUGUGUUGAUGUUGACCUUGACCUUUACAGAUUGAGAUUUCAACCCCCACCUAAUACUCCAUAAAUUGUUCAAACUACCAUAGAAUCAAGUUUUUGAGUGAUAGUUUUCUUUUAGAAAAUAUAGGUACUUGAAAGGAAAUGGUAAUUUGUGGGAUUUGUCUUUUCAUUCACUACCUUCAAAUUUCUGUCACACAAGAUACAAGGUGGAGAAGCAUGAACUGAGUUCAGAAAUUACUUUUUUAUUGAUGCUAGUAAUACAUUUUUCAUUAAUGAACACUAAAGAAAUACACAAACAUAAAUAUAUUUUAGUCUCUUAAGGGCUAAGUAUUUUGAAAGGAAUCUUUGUCUUUUCUGUUCAAUUUCCACCCUUUCCCAAACAAAGUUUGUAACAAUACGACUAAGUUUGGGGCUAAAAUUGUCAAUAUCAGACUCUUGUGUUGCCAUCUCUUCUAGAGCGAAUACUGUUUCAUUACUAGCACAGAAAAUAUCUCUAAAAUUAUUGCUUUCAUUAUUUAAUAAUUCCAAUAAAGAAAGUCUGUUUUGAUUUUACAAUCUAGAUUCGGACCACUUUCAGCAUGAGAUGACCAUUUUAAAAAAAAACAUUUGAGCAGAUUUCAUGACAAAUUAAUUACAAAGCAAGUCCUGAUAAAAGCAAUUUAACACAAACAGAAACGGAGAUAGGAUAUAAAUAUAUAUAUAUUAAUACCCAUUCUUUGGCUGAUUUUGUAUUAAAUAUGAGAUGUGUAAAAACUAAUGUCCAGUCUUCCAUCGUCCCACAGGGCAAAUAUCAGUGAAGCCAAUAGUUAAUUGUAGCGAAGAGUCCUGUUUUCAAAUUGUCUUAUCUGGGUCAAAAGUUAUUUAAUUUGUUGUUUCUGUCUGUCCUCAAAAAUGCCAUGUUCUUAUUGUAAGACUUUGCCUGUCCACAGUCUGGCGUCCCCAGGGUGGGGUACAACGGUGUCGUAACAUUUACAUUUAAAGGACGAAGGGUUUACAUAGCACCUCCCUCUCCUUGGACGGGAUACAACCCAAGCUGGAACUGAUCCAACCACAUCAACAUUACACUUCUGGCUUAAUGAGCGGGCAUGGAAACAAUGCAUGCUGUGAUUACAGAUGCCACCACGUCCAUCCUACUGUUGUUAUCUAGGACCAGGGUGUGUUUGUCUUCUUUUAAAUCAUGCCGGGGAAAGUUUUAAUCCGAAAUGUCCCGACCAUGAGAAGAAGUUGUUUGGAAGAAGUGUUUAUAAAUGAAAGGGGUACAACUCUUGAUCUCAAGGCAACAAACUACGAACCUCGACCUGUGCCAGGCUGUACUGUGCUUUCUAGCUUCAACCUGCGCAAGAUUGUGCUGAGCCUUCUCGUUCAUCCUGCAGCAGAUAGUACUGAGCCCACUCGCUACCUAGACUAAUGUUUUAAUUAGUUCAACAUGUGAGGAGAAAUCAAAUCCAAGUUAAUGUUCAUAAAUAUUUUGUGUGAAGGUGCAAUGUUUCUUUAAUUUUGGAAUUAUUUAUUCCUCUGAUACUUCUUAUUGAUUUUAACAAUUUACUGUCUUUUGAAAAUUUGAAUGCUUCUCAAGUUUUAAAAUGCC